CCCACGGUUUCCCCGCCUCCGCCCGCGGCACGGUGAAUAAUCUCCAGCCUCCGGGCGCGCCGCACCACGCAAAAACGCAACGCAACGCGCGAUUUGUUAUAUAUAUCCACCCGCGAAGUCCAACGCCUCGAUCGAUCGGUUGAUAAGGGGAGGAGAAAAAAUACAGUAGUGGAGCGAGCUAGCUAGCGCGCACGGGGUUUCACCCUCUUCUCUGUACUGCACGACGACUGGAUCGUGGUGGUGGUGGUGGUGCAGCUUUUGCUUGCGUGCGAGGGGGCGUGUCGCGUGCUGGCCCAGCUUAUAUAGAGUUGAGAACUUGAGAUAGAUAGAUGGCCGUGGCGUUCCCGCCUCACAUCAUGGUGCUGAGCAAGAUGCAGCGGCUGUACGACGCGUGCGACAUGAUCUUCUCUUCGCCGGCGUCCGCGGCGCCGACCAUCGGGGAGAUCAGGUGGCUUCAACACCUCCUUGAUGGCAUGGAGGCGGCGGACGUCGGGAUCGAUGACGGCGAGUCACCGCCGUCGUCGUCGUCGUCUUCGUGUUCGUCGUCGGACGACGAGGUGAGCUCGAAGGACGGCCGGCUCCUGCCGGCGCGGGCGUUCACGCGGAUCACCUACAUGCACAUACACCAGUGCGCCGAUUUCUCGAUGGGCGUGUUCUGUUUUCCGGCGGGCGCCACGCUGCCGCUGCACGACCACCCGGAGAUGGUGGUUUUGAGCAAGCUCCUGUACGGCUCGGUUCGAGUCAAGUCGUACGAUUGGGUCACCCCGCCGCCGCCGUGCUCCAGAAAGAGUAAGCGUGGUUUGGCGAGGGUGGUGGCAGCCGACGAGGUCCGGCACGCGCCGUGCAAGACGUCGGUGCUGUUCCCGCGGAGCGGCGGCAACAUGCACGCGUUCACCGCCGUCACGCCGUGCGCCAUCCUCGACGUGCUCACGCCGCCGUACUCGGAGGAGCUCGGCCGGCCGUCCACCUACUUCAACGACAUCCCCAUCCCAUCUCUGCCAGGUUUUGCUUUUCUGGAAGAGACGGACUUGCCGGAGGAUUUCAGCGUUGCAGGGGCACCGUACGUCGGCCCAGAGCUUGAGCUUGUGGUCGAUAUGGAUGAUGAUGACGACGAUUACGAUGAUUACGACGAGUAGCUAGCUAGGCUAGCUAGCUCACUGCUUUUUCAGAAGAGAGCUAGAUGUGCUACAUAGAAAUUGUUGCGUACGUGCAACGUUGAUGUACAUGGAGCGGUUUCUCUUUGUGGAUAUAUAUAUAUAUAUAUAUAUAUAUAUAUAUAUAUAUAUAUAUAUAUAUAUAUAUAUGCUCUUACAAUAUGGGCACCCUAUGAGUAAAUUGCACCUGCUGUGCAUUGAUCUGUACAGAAUCUACUCGAACAUCCUUUUAACUUCCAAAUUGGCUAGUGGCUACUGUAAAAAAUUGUAAAGAAUAACUUUUAUAAUUGCGUGGCACCAACAAACUUUGUAAUUUUGUUUUAGGUAUUGGUCAGAGUAGAUUGCUUAAAAACGAAUACAAAAGGACAGGAAAAAGGGAAGACUUUGUAUACCUGAAUUCUCAAAGUAUAACAAACACAAACAGACGGCCACAGCCAACAAGUA